UGAGUACAGAGCAAAAACAAAGACAAAGAUUUUCUUAUAGAAGAGUCUAGCAAUGGCAGUCCACAAGAAAGCUGCAGCGCUUCUUCUUGUUCUUGCAUGCAUGUUAAGUUGUUCUGCUCGUCUGUUACAACCCUCCAUUCUCUCUCCAAUUGCAAAGAGUCCCAAUGAAGAAGGGAGAGUACACAUAGCGGUUCAGCCAGAUGAUGUUGUCGAGAUUAAGGGUCCCCAUAAGAGGAUAGAUAGGGAGAUAGAUGAUGUUAUGAAGACCUCCACAAAGAUGAAAUUCAGUAACAGGUUAAAUGUUGUUCACUCUGGGCGUUCCCGUAUUCAGAACCCUAUUUCUACUGAUAGUAUUUCAGGUAAAGAUGAGGAAAGUGGAAGUUUCAAGAGGAAUUAUGUUUCUAAGCAGCCAGAAGUGAAGUUCGAUGAUGUGGGGAGUUUCACCGACCCAGUAUUCGGCGGCAUGUUGCCCAAGGGACCUGUCCCUCCCUCUGGGCCAUGCUGCCACGGUCAGUAAGAUCAGCGAACAUGUCGAUAAACGCAAUAAAUGUCUGAACUUAUUCAGCAAUCCCUAGUGUGUGUUUCAGGAAUCUCUAGAGUGUUAUAUAUAGAGUGAGAGAGAAUAAGUGCUGAUCCAUUACUGCGCAUAUAUCGAUAGAAACAAUGGUUACCAGUAACCUUUGUGAAUACAGAAAACUA